UCUUUGAACCAAAAGUUCUACCUAACCUCUAAAAGAAAAUUUAAAUGUAAAUUACUAACCUCUAAUAGAAAGUUUAAUUUUAAAUUCAAAUAACGACCACAAGCUUUGCUACUUCUCCAAAACGUCCACCAGUAAUUCGCACAUGAUAAUUGCCUGAUUAAAGCACCGACCUGUCUUCUCGCUUCUCACCCAAAAGAAGAAAGAGUGAAAAGUAUUAUUUAGUUUGAGCUCACUCUCAUGCAUCAAGAAGCUCUUCUGGAGGCAGAGGGAAGAAUGGAUGAGGAACCAGCAGAACCUUCAAAUUCAUUUUCAUUAUGGGAAAAAAUCUCCAUCUGGAAGACUCUGGCUCUGGAAGCAUACAAAAAGAAGCCAAUGUCACAUUGGAUUCUUCUGCUUCUGAGCAGUGCAGCAAUGCUCAUCGCAUUCCCUGCUUCGAGCCUUCUGUCCCGUGUUUAUUAUGCAAAUGGGGGUACAAGCAAGUGGAUUAUUUCAUGGGUAGCAGUUGCUGGGUGGCCUCUAACUGCUUUAGUUCUGCUUCCUACUUAUUUCUUCUGUAAAACUUUCCCUACUCGGCUGAGCUCAAAACUCAUUGUUGCUUAUAUUGUGCUGGGUUUUCUAAGUGCUGCUGAUAACUUGAUGUAUGCAUAUGCCUAUGCUUACCUCCCAGCAUCAACUUCUGCACUUGUGGCUUCAUCAUCCCUGGUGUUCUCUGCUUUGUUUGGAUAUCUCAUUGUGAACAACAAACUGAAUGCUUCAAUGAUAAAUGCUAUUGUGAUUAUUACUGCUGGAAUGGUCAUAAUUGCACUGGAUUCGGAUUCGGACAGAUAUGACUAUGUAAGUGACCGCCAAUAUAUUAUGGGCUUCAUAUGGGAUAUCCUGGGAUCUGCUCUUCAUGGUCUCAUCUUUGCCCUUUCAGAAUUGAUUUUCGUUAAGUUACUGGGGAGAAGAUCCUUCCAUGUUGUACUGGAGCAGCAGGUGAUGGUUUCUUUAUUUGGUUUUAUAUUUACCACCAUUGGAAUCAUUGUGAAUAGAGAUUUUCACGGGAUGAAAUCCGAGGCUGAAACAUUCGUAGGUGGUGAGACUUCAUAUAUUCUAGUUCUUGUCUGGGGUGCUAUUACUUUUCAGUUGGGGGUACUUGGAGGCACUGCUGUGCUAUACUUGGCUUCUACUGUGGUAGCUGGUGUUCUCAAUGCUGUGAGGGUACCGCUCACCAGUGUUGCUGCUGUUAUUUUGUUGCAUGAUCCUAUGAGUGGGUUCAAGAUUCUCUCUUUGAUCGUAACAUUCUGGGGUUGUGUUUCUUACAUUUAUGGCAGUUCAGAUUCUAUUAAACUUUCCUAAUCAUAGGUUCUUGUUCCAGUUUCUAUUAUACUCUCCUAGUUCUUGUUAUCUUGAUACAGAGACCGCAGGGUGAUGCUUUUAUUUCCUUUCAUCAGAUGCUAUAGUCAAAGAUUAUUGGUUGCAAGAGUAAUUAUUCUCAGAAAUGCUUAAUGCUGUAAUUAAAGUCAUGUCAGGAGUUCUAUUUGUCAUAGAAAUCUGCAGAUUAAGCAAUCUUUGUUAGAAACAAUGCAUCAGUGGUGGCAAUUUUGGUUGUAAAUGUGGUAUUAUUUGCUUUACUGCUUAGGGGCUACCCAAAAAGACAAAAAGAAAAGAGAGAAAAAGAAAGAGCAGAGAUGGCAUCAAAUUUCUAUUGAAGAGCAUGACCAAAGAGAAAAAUAAGCUCACUAUUGAUUUUGUAUCAUGGAAAUUGGUGCUUUUUCGACAAGGUAUCCAAAUCUACAACUUAGCCAGGAACCACAAGCUUUUCGUAUUCUGUUCAAUUUUCUCUUCAGUGGCAAACUGCUUGAUGUUUUCAAUCAGAAGGGAAGUGGAAAAAGGAGAAACAUAGACCUACCUAAAGCAAGCAUCCUGGUUCUCCUCAAAACUAAUAGCCAUCAUCUAAGAAGGCAUGGAAAAGCCUAAGGAAUGAGGAAGACUACAAGACAGCAGUUAUUGCCAAUAAUGCCCAGAAAGGGCUCUGAGAAGUCCUUUUGAAGAAGAGAAAGCAAAGAGAGAGAACAUGAAUUGGGUUAUAUAGGACCAAAAAUGUCCUGCAAUCUCAUGGUAGAAUCAAUGUGUCUAGAAGGGUAUGAAGCCACUGUUAAAAGGAACUCUGUGAUGUUCUGUGUUUUAUUCAAUUAUACAACUGAUCCAAUUUGUUGUAGAA